GACGCGCAGCGGGCCAGCUGCAAGGCCGGCUUUGGGGCCGCUCCCCGUAGGGCUCGAGUGGCUCCGUGUGCGCGCCGCGCCUCUCCCCUCCCCCGGCUUACUUGGGCCCCGACGGGUUUUUGCUGUCUAGGGCUGUCAGGCCAACGCUCCUCUUCGCUUCCCCGGGGCAGGUGAACGGGGUGUGGGUGCGUGGUUCAGACGCGAAGGCCUUGGCUUGCGCUAAGACUAACCUGCAGAGACGCGCGUAGAGGGCGAGGCGGGCAGCCACGCGCAGGGUUUGCUUAUAGAAAAGGGCAAAAUAAUUCAUUACCGCUCCGAGGGCGCGGGGGCCCGUUCUCCAGCAGACUGUUAGAUCCCUCCAGGAACAAUCCUGCCAUUUUUCUCUUUCUUUCCUGGCGCAGUUCUAGUCCAAAAAGUACACACCCGCCCAAAUCCAGCAUGGCCUUAACGAUACUGCAUUAUAUGCUCACCCGGGCUGCUCUUCUCCCUAACGCUAAAGUAAGGAAAGAGUGUCUUUAAAAGAAAACUCUCUGCUGGAGUACGAAGAACAUGGGUCACCUUUCCAGUCCUCCUGGGAAAAACAGUUAGGCUGACUCUUCCUGAAGGAUCCUUGUGCUUCUUCCUAAGAUCACACAGUGUGUACACACACAAGUUCACGUGUGGAUUCAUUGUAAUGGAUCGCUACAGAUAUUUCAUCUUUAACCAGAAAAGUAUGGUUGUGCUGGGGUUCUUGCAGAUAGCCUUUGCUACAGUGUGUGUCAUCAGUGGAUUAAUGGAUGGCACCUUCAGAACACAAACAGCGCUGAGUAAAACGAGAGCACCCGUCUGGGCUGGAAUGGUCAUGGGUGUUCCUGGAAUUCUGGCUUUAUUUUCUUCCCAGAAAAAAAAUCCAGUUCUUGUGAAUGCAAUGAUAUUAGCUUCUAUAUUUUCUUGUUGUGCCACCAUCAUUGUAGUUGUCUAUGCUUCCCUAACUUUAAGCUAUGGUGAAGAAGAUGAGAUGUUCACACAUGAGCCAGUUCAUGUUAUUCAUACGAAGUUUGUGCUUGAUAAACUUGUCAAAGGAGCCAAUGUAGCAAUGUUAAUUGCAUCUACCUGCAGUGCUUUCAUUGUGCUAAUUAUUGCUUACAUGGGCUGCCGAAGUCUUCCACGUUGUUCAUGUUAUGACGGUGUAACUGGAAUGGAAUGGUUACAACCUGCUGAGGAUCCGCAGCAGACUGUGGAACUGGUUUGCACUAUGCAAAGUCAUGGAAACAGAAUCUUUAAUGCCCCAGUGCAGUUUCCAGAUCAAGACUUAGAUGCAGAGGAAGAACUAUCCAAACCACCUCCCUAUAUCAGACUUGCUUGAAGAAUGACUAAGAAUUUUAAUGCUAAUAGACUGGAGACCUUACCUUAUAUUUUGCUACCUUUUUAAAGACUUUUUUAAAAACAAAAUCUGUGCACUUUUUCUUGGAUUCUUUAAACACGGAAUUACAGAAAGUUCAACAAAGGUGGCAGUGCAAUUGUCUACGCACUCGUGGAUGAAAAGAUCUUGCAGGUUCUUAAGCUGAUUUAGAUCUUGCACAGUUAAAAUACCUCAUCUCUUCUGGGAUGUAUGAACCAGUCUUCUGCAGCUUUUAGAUGAGAUCCAUAUUUUAAGUCUAGACAAUGGAAUUGUCUUGCAGCUUCAGUUUAUUAGUGCUAGCUUUGCGCAUUCAAAUAUUAAAUCAUAUUGAAUGUUUUAAAAUGUUUGUUAAUACAUCUAUAUUUUUCUCUUAAUAUAUAUAUAAAUAUAUAUAAUUUUCUCAAUAUAACUUGUAUUUUUUCUGCCUUUUAAACAAGUUAUACUAGAAUGAAGGAGCCACUUAUGGUUAGACAUAAUUUCUUAUACUUCUGUAGACUGCACUGGAUAUUCAGCCAUCUUCUUCCAUCUUUCUUGGGGAACAGGCUAAAAUGUCUGGAAUUAAAACUUGAAAUGCCGCUGUCAAACAGUUUUGUGUUUUUUAAAAAAAAUCUUAUUUAUGUUUUAUCAAUGGACACCUAAUAAAACAGAAUUUUA